GAAUCCAUUUUUUUAACUUUUGUAUAAUAUUAAGGAGCUGGAGAUUAUGUGGAGGAUGGGAGAGAGAUCUUUGAUGAGGAGAUUAAUGCUCCGGAGCAAAACAAAACAAGCAAGAAAACUAUCAAACCAACGAAUAAAAAGAAAAUAAAGUUGGUAAAGUCGAGCGAUAUAAAGAACAUGCUUCUGUCAUCUGGUGCAAAGAAGAAGGUUGAGAAAAACAUCGACCUUUCAAACGAUGCAUUGUUGGGCGACAUACUCCAAGAAAUCAACACCCAGUCAAGUGAUGUGUUGUCUACACCAAGACCACCCGUCGUAUUAAGAAAGAAAAAGAAAUUUAAACCAACUGCAAUUGAAAGUAAAUGGUCACCACAAACAUCAUCUGCACCCACCACAAGUAAUCUUAUAUCUCAACCGUCUUCACUGCCGAAGAAAAUGAAGCCACGAAAAAUUGUGGCCCCUAUACCUGCUCUACAUGAUUCACCAUCUCAUAAUGAGCCGUGUGUGGAGAUCAACACACCACCAGCUAAACGAACAAAACUUGAUCUUGACAAUGCAGAGUUCUUAAAUAAAACGAUCCCUCCCUCAAAUGAUGACGCUGCUUUUAUAGAUGAUGAUAUGGAUGUAAGUCUCGCUGACUUUGAAGAAGAGACACCUGAUGUGAAGAAUGUGAAGAAGGAACAAUCUGAGGUCGUAAAACCAAAGAAUGAGAACUUUCUUAACCAACUGACUUCACUUGGAUGGGAAACUGUGAAAGAGAAAAGUGUUGAAACUCCAAUAGUUGAUGUGAACAUUGAUUCAACUAAUCUUCCUACUGUACUCGAUAAAGAAUACAACAAAGUGUUUCGUUUCUACUGGCUUGAAGCUUAUGAAGAUCAAUUCAAGCAACCUGGAGUUGUUUAUUUGUUUGGAAAAGUUUACAUCGAGUCGGCGAAAGGUCACGUCAGUUGUUGCAUCAUUGUCAGAAAUGUGGAAAGGAAAAUUUUCGUAUUACCUCGUAGUAAGAAUCGAGUAACUGGUGAAGACGUCACACCAGAAGAUGUUUAUCGUGAGUUUGAUGCUCACGUUGCAACCAACUACAGAAUUAUGAAAUACAAAACUAAGGUACUAGAAAAGAAAUAUGUUUUUGGUGAACGUGAUAUUCCCCACGAAGCCCAAUAUCUUGAGAUCACGUAUUCAGCCGACCACCGACCUCUGCCUUCUGAUAUAUCGGGCGAUACAUUCAAGUGCGUCUUCGGGACCAACCAGUCACCACUAGAGGCGCUGUUGAUUGAUAGAAAAAUGAAAGGACCGUGUUGGUUGGAUAUCCAUGAACCACAAAUCCACACGUCCAACGUAAGUUGGUGUAAGGUGGAAGUCAAUGUGACAUCUACUUCCACCAUACAUGUGAUAGAAACCAUGGAUCCUCCCCCACUUACCAUUCUCUCACUCGCAAUCAAAACACUUCCCAAUAUUUCCACACACCAGAACGAGAUUAUUGGAAUAGCAGGUCUUGUCCACACAUCAUUCAUCAUCAACAAAUCUGCUCCAAAACCUUCUUUUCAAAGCAGUUUCUUUGGUUUAUCGAAACCAUCAGAUUGUAUCUUCCCAUACGACUUCAGGGAUGCUGUAAAAAGAAGAGGACUCAAUGUUGAUAUUCUGGGAACAGAGCGUUCACUUUUAUCUUGGUUCCUCGUAAAAAUGCUAAAAAUUGACCCUGACAUUGUUAUUGGCCACGAUGUCAUGAACUUUGACCUGGAUGUUAUGCUUCACCGAAUCACAGCAUGCAAGGUUGCUCACUGGUCAAGAAUUGGUCGCUUGAGAAAACUGAAUAUUCCAAAAACAAUGGGUGGAGGAAAGUUCAGCGAUAGAGCUGUGGCAAGCGGUCGUUCUCUCUGUGAUGUUAAAAUAUCUGCUAAAGAACUUAUUCGGUGCAGAAGUUACGACCUUGGAACGCUUGCUGAGCAAGUUUUACAUCGACAACGAAAAGAUUUACCAACCGAGCAGAUAAAGAAUAUGUUUCUAACUUCUGAUUCACUACUAUGGCUUGUGGAACACACCCUGCUUGAUGCAAAUCUAUCAUUAGAUUGUUGUUAUGAGUUGAACGCUCUUCCACUUGCACUACAGAUCACUAACAUAGCAGGAAAUGUUUUGUCACGAACUUUGAUGGGUGGAAGAUCGGAACGAAAUGAAUUUCUUCUGUUACACGCCUUCCAUGAAAGAGGAUUCAUUCCUCCAGAUAAAAUUAAAAGAAGUAAAGAUAAUCUUCUAGUUCGACAUCCAGGUGUUUCUAAACCGACUUCAGAAGCAACCAGCAGACCACGUAAGAAAGCAGCUUAUGAAGGGGGGUUGGUUCUUGAGCCAAAACGAGGAUUCUACGACAAAUUCAUUCUUCUCCUCGACUUCAACAGUUUGUAUCCCUCCAUCAUCCAGGAGUUCAACAUCUGUUUCACCACACUUGAUCUUCAUCCUCCAACCGAUGCAGAUAAUGAUUUUGAAUCUUACAUUCCUGAUGUUCCUGAGACGGGACUUGAACCCGGUGUCUUGCCAACUGAGAUUCGUAAACUUGUUCAACGCAGAAGACAAGUCAAGCAGUUGAUGAAAACAGUGACCAUAUCUAAAGAGCAAUAUACGCAGUAUGACAUCCGGCAAAAAGCAUUGAAAUUAACAGCUAACAGCAUGUAUGGUUGCCUUGGAUUCAGCAACUCGAGAUUUUACGCCAAACCAUUAGCUGCUCUCGUAACAAGGCAAGGUCGUGAGAUUCUACUGCACACUAAAGAACUUGUGGAAAAAAUGGGAUUGGAAGUUAUUUACGGUGACACAGACUCAAUCAUGAUUAAUACAAACAGCACUGACUUGGACAAUGCAUUUAAACUCGGAAACCAGGUGAAAUCGGAAGUGAACAAACUAUAUCGACUUCUUGAGAUCGACAUCGACGGGGUUUAUAAAUCACUUUUGUUGUUAAAGAAGAAGAAAUAUGCCGCACUUAGUGUUCAAAAGUCAAUAGAUGGGAGUUUCUCCACAGUACAAGAACUGAAGGGAUUGGAUAUUGUUAGAAGAGAUUGGUGUGACUUGGCUAAAAUGGCUGGAAAUUUUGCCGUGAACCGAAUACUUUCUGAUGAACCUCGUGAAUAUAUUGUGGAAAAAAUUCACGAAAAUUUGGAAGAAAUUGGAAGAAAAGUGAAGGAAAAUAUGUUUGAGUUGGAAAAGUUUGAAAUUCGUAAAGAACUGACUAAAGAUCCAAACUUAUACCCCGGCAAAGAUAAUCUUCCGCACGUAAGAGUCGCUCUUCGUGUUAACUCAUCCAUGACAAAGAGAUUGAAAUCGGGUGACAUUGUUUCUUACAUUGUGUGCAAGGAUGGGAGUAAUGCACCAGCCACACAACGAGCUUAUACAAUUGAUGAAGUUAAAAGUAAAGAUGAAUUGAAGGUUGAUGAAGAAUAUUAUCUUGCGCACCAAGUACAUCCCGUGGUUACGAGGUUGUGCGAUCCAAUAGAUGGAACAGAUGCCGCCAUGAUUGCUCAGUGUUUAGGACUUGAUCCAAGCGGAUUCAAAAGAUCACAAAUAGAUGAAGAGGAGAAUGAAGAUCGGUUGAUGAGCGUGCAAGCUACAGAGGAAGAGAAGUUUGCCGGAUGCAAGAGAUUCAUCUUCGUGUGUCCACAAACAAAGAAGACGGUCACCUUUGAUCAGGGAGUCUUCGCUGAAACGGAACCAUCUUGGUUGUGCUCAUUAGCGACACCGUGCGGGACCGAUGAUAUGCGUCAAGUUGUCGACUUUUUCGUUUCGUUGCAAAAUCAGCUUACCGAUGCCAUACGUGGAGAUAUUGACGAAUAUUAUUUGGGUUGGUUGAAAUGUGAUGAUCCUGCAUGCAGCCAUCGAACCACCACACUACCCGUCGUAUCUGAACGUAACGGAGCAAUGUGUAAUGUUUGUUUUAAAGGAGUUCUUAAACCCGAGGUAACUUACCAAUCUCUGUACCAUCAACUUUGUUUCUACAAACUACAAUUCGACGUUGAAUACGCGCUCAAAAAGUACAAGCAAAUUGGCUAUAACAGCAUAGCAGCAAUAAAAGUUCAGGAGUACAGAAAAUACUACAGCGCUCUGACGGACGUGGUCGAUUUUUACUUGAACGAAAGUGGUUACAACGAAGUAUCGUUGCCUCGUUUGUUUCAUUGGAUGAAAUUAUAGCGAGAAGUUUCGAAUAGUUUUCAUAUUUUUGUAUAAAAAAUUCAUAUUUUAAAAUUUAUAACGAAUAUUUGUUUGUAAAUUGAUUGUUGUUUCUCCCUAUGUUGCUUUUCACUGCCGAUGUAACUUUCUCAUUGUUAAUAAUGGCUUUGCUUGACCAGGUGUGAAUGAAGCUACUAUAUUCUAUACUAUAAAAAUAAAUUUAUUUUCUCCUUUCUUGAAAUCAAUCGAUGAAUGUUUCUUUCCAUGUAUGGCAGUCAAACGUUUCCAAAACUUCACUUAUAGUUGUCUGUUGUAACUUAAAUACCUAGUUUAAUUUACUCUUCGACUGUUAUUGUAAAGAUCAAAUAUUUAAAACAAUAAAGAUUGAAAUUCAUCGCUUAACGAGA